AUGUCAAACCAUCAUCAAGAAGAAGAGAACAAAAGUAAAGCUGAAAUUCAGCAUUCGGAUUCAAGUCUCGUUACCAAUACGAGUACAACAAAGAGGAAAGAGAAGAGAAAAAACUCGGAUCAAAACACUCAAUCUCAAAUGACAGUUUCAUCAUCAUCCAUAUCAAAACAUGAAGAAAGAUUGCCCUUUCCAAGAUUCGGAGAGAAACUCGAUCAAAAAUCUACUCUUCCACAAGAACAAAUCAACCAAAUGAUAAAUGAAAGAAAGAAUAUUUUGUUUCAAUUGUUAAAGGUAGAUCGACAAAGAAGAGAAAAAGAUAUUUCAAUUGGAGAAUUUAUUCCCGAGGAAAAUGCAGUGAAAACUAUUCAAAUGAAAGGUAAAAUUGGCUCUGAUAUGGGAUUUACUAUCCGAAAAGAAAAUCUUUGCGAGCGAAUACGAAAGAAUCCAACUGUUUAUGUUGAGGGUCUCGAUGAAAAACUGAUCAUUAGACAAGAUUCAGAAAAUGCUUUUCGUUUCUUGCAUAUUGAAGAAGCCCUCUAUUUAAUAGAUGUUGGAUCUCUUAUUUUAAUUGUUGAGAAAGAACCCUAUCAAUUGUGCCAUUUGGAAAUUCAGGAAAAAAAAGUUAUUGAGGCUCGUGUUGGAUAUUUGGUUGCCUCUGUUCAGGAAGCAUUUGCUUUAUUUAUUAGACAUUCAUCAAUUUCAAAACAUUUUUUUAGGAAUCCUGAGGAUUUGAUCAAUUCAUUUCUAGCAUAUUCCUAUCUCAAGAAAUUAGGAUUUUCCAUUCAACGACAUGAUAAAGAUAGGGAGGAAAAAAAGAAAAAGAAACAGCUUGAAAGACAAAUCAAGUAUAAAAAACAAAAAGAAGAAUUGAAGAAUAAUAUUAUUGAUACAACGCAUGAAGAAGACAUCUCUGGAGAGGAUCAGUUGCUGCCACCACAAACAUCCAACACAGAGAAUGAAAAAAAGAAACGAAAAAUAGACAAUACGGAAAAUUUGGAGAAACCUCAACUGCAAUCCUUUGAUACUCCAAAGGUAAUCACUUCAAAGCAACAAAACAAAGCUAAUUCUCGAGUAUUGUGGAGUACGUUUGAAUGGUUUUCACAGCAAACAGCGAACGACGAGUUUCAUGAUGCUAUUUCACCUCUCAUUUACAAUCUUGAAUUGAAGGAUGAACAAUUAUUGGAACAACAACAAUUAUUUAACACUCUGAAUAUUAUCAAGUGUGGAUUAUGCAGUUAUUCUUCUCCUAUGCGCGAUGUGAUGAACACAACAACAUCAGCAGACUCCUCUUCAUCAACCGAUAUGAUGGAUUUUUCAACACACAGCACUGAGGGCACUAUAAAAGCAUUUGAACCAAUCAUGUUCGACGUAUGGAAACCUGGUGUCAGCCUUAAUGACUCUCCUUCCAUGAUUAUUAUUGUAACUUCUUUUUCCAACAGCACUGUUCCUACCAUUAAUGAUAUUUUCAAAGUGAGCGAACAAGGUGCACGCUUCAACCAAAUUCCAAUUUUCCAUUGUGUGAUUGGUGAAAGUGGCUCUGUGAUGUUUAUGAAUUUAUGUCCAUGCGAAAUUGAGAAUUUGUUACUGACACCUCUAAUGCCCUCUCAAGCAACAAGUGACACCACUACGACGAUGACGACAAUGUUACCCAGUGAUCACACGGACCAAUAUAAUCGAGAAUGA